AAAUGAAAAAUAAAAAGCUUUCUUAUAUUCAUUCUGAAAUAAAUUGAAAUUGUCUCCCUUGCAUUCAAAGUUUGGCACUUUGAUGUUACCAUACAGGGGAAUUUACCUAUUCUAAAUAUAGAGAAGCCAGGAACUACUUUAUACUAGGUGGAACAUCCAUCUUGAAUACAUUAUUUUUUGGAAUGUACUGUUGUUUCAUUGAGCUGUUAUGACUUUGUUUAUGGUUUUAUCAAGAUUUUCUCCUCUAAUGGCCCUGCAGUGGAUAUUGAACUAAUUUAUUUUUAUUUUUAGGAAUUAAAAAAAAAUAAGCAGAUUUCAGGAAGUGCAGCCUGUCACAAUCAUGUUUGAAAUUCUCUAAAAGUUAAGCAAGUACUUUUAAAAUUUUGAAAAUUAUCUAGAAUCAUUUAUUUAUGAUUCAUAUUGAUGAUAUGAUAGGAAAAGUCCAUCAUUUAUUGUUAUUUUUGUUAAAUUGAACUGUUGACAGUUCAGGGUAUACUCAAUCCAAGAUGGCAGUAGCUACCCCUUAAUGCUAAUGAUGGGCAGAUAAUCAGAUAAUUUUAGGCCUAGUCAUUGUCAGUUAUUGACCCUCUAAUCAGAACCAUAGGCUAGCUACUGGUCGGCGACCAAUUCUCGCCAAGUACCCAUUCUCGCCAAUUGCAAUGCACUCGUAAAAUACGUGUACAUCCGAAUUUUUGCACAAAAUGUCAUCUACUGAUAGAAGACACUAGGAAGAAGACAUCCUCAAAAAAUUGUCCUCGUAUUCCAGCUACGUAUUUUAUGAGGGCAUUGGCGAGAAUGGAUACUUCAAUGACUUGGCGAGAAUUGGUCGCUCGCCAGUAGAGGGUCAGUAAGAUUUAUCCUGAUCAUGAGUGCUAAAUUUGUAACAUUUCCUGUUGAAUAAGUCAUAGAUCAGCAUACAAAAAAAUGAACUAGUCCACAGGCCUAAUAAAAAUAGCAUAUUUACUUGUCCUUCAGAAAUGUUACUAGUCUUGGACUAACGGACUUAAUUAGUGUUGUAAACCUAGUUUUGAACCCUGCAUAUUAUAUACAUGUUAGACACAUUAGUUAACGCUUGUGGUGCGAUGGGCGCAAAUGAUAAAUCAGAUACAUGUAAUCAAAUAGUAUUUAGUUAAUAGAACUAGGCCUUGUUUAUCCCUGACUGAUGCAAUAAUUGUUCAGUGUGGUUAGGCCUACAAAUAUUCUAGCAUAAUGUACAGUGUCAGGGCUUUCAUUAUUUUUUUUCUCCCACUAGGCACUGUGCCUGCCCUAGUGGCUACCAAAAUCUCACUCGGCACCUCCAAAUUUCACCUGGCACCAUCUUGAUGAAAAAAUAAACACACAGAGAACAGAUGUUUGAAUUUUAUUAAUUAUGGAAUAUUCAAAUUCACAUAUAUAUAUUGAAAUUUGCGUUAUUCUUUCAUACUGAUAUAUAAUGUGUUUAAUACCCUAAAAGGAGAUGACACUUUCCAAUAUUAAAUGCUCGUUUGUUUUAUGUUUCAAGCUGUCUAAGGAUAUGCCUAUCUGUAAUCAAUACUUAUACUUGCAGCAGUGCUUCAUCAUUAUCAUUUACUCAAAUUGUAAUACCGAACGUCUGUUUCCACUUUUUUUGUUUUAUUUUUUUCAAACUGUACGGUAUAACAAUGUCCAUACUCAUGAGAGUGGAUAUAAAUGUGAGAUUAAAGCUUUACAUUAUCCACUCCGACUGAUUAGUGAUUGUAAUUGUUAAUUGUUAAUGUUGAGGCCAGGGUGGAUCUUACUCUUCUUUCGUAAUGUUAGUUUGCAUUCUUUAUGUUUUACUUUCACUUUCACAAAAAAGUUAUUCGGGACAUUUUCAAAAUCUUUUCCCUGGUGUUUCACCGUCACUUAAUGUACCAGUAAGUUUCUGUGGGGUAUCUUGCUUGUUAUUCAUGAUUGAUUUAUCUGUUCUUGGUUUAAAAAUAGACAGCAAUGCUUGUUUGUUAUCCAUUAUUUUUGUUGCUCGCCAUUCACUAAACACGACGAUUACGCAACAUUGGAAUUCUCCGGUUCAAUCAGCGUCGUGUAGAUGCUUUAGUAUAUCCUGUAUGUUAUAAUUAUAAGAGCGCGAAGGAUCUUGACCAGGAAUGAAGCCACUAGUUGGAUAGUUUUUGUUUGUGUUUAAAACCUAGGGUUUUAAUGGAAAGAUGUGCCCAAAUUUCGAAAUACAUGUAGAGUAUAUCAACUUAACUCGGCACUGGGGACGAGUGACAAGGACGACCCAACUCGGCACCGGGGCAUUUCCACUCGUCUGGACGAGUGGAGGAGUACUUAAUGAAAGCCCUGAGUGUCUGUGUACUCAUAUUCUUCAAUUUCUUGCGAUAAACCUAACGUAAAUAUUGGGCCAAGUGAACCGUAUUUAACGCUGGUCAUGGUUGUCAACAUGAAUUUAAGAAAAAGGAAACAAUCCUGGAAGGAAAAUGAGGAAGAAAUUGAUAAGAAUGGCCUUCAUCUCUAUAUCAAAACAUCAACAGGAAAAGGCAGAGGAGUCUAUGCAGGAAAGGCUAUUGAGGCAGGAGAAGACAUAUGUAGGUACCAAGGAAUGGUUCAGGAAACAGAUCCUGCAGAUGAGGAUGACACAUAUGUCUUUGAAAUAAAUUUUAAAGGAAAGAAACUAUGGGUUAAUGCAACAAAAGAAGAUGACACAUUUGGAAGGCUGAUCAAUGAUAAUCAUAAAAACCCAAACUGUAGAGCCAAGGUUUUCGAGUCUGAUGGUCAGCCCCAAAUUGUGUUUAAAGCCACAAGAUACAUACAAAAAGAUGAGGAAAUUUGCUACAACUAUGGACCAGGCCCAUAUCCAUGGCGAACAAAGGUAGUAUCAUUGUACAUAUUCAGUACAGAAAGGAGGUGUUGCAUGGCGGCCCACAAUCGAUUUUUAAAGAUGAAAGAUGGAAGCAUGGAAGAUAUUAAUCUAUAG